AUGACUUUACCCACCCGCACCGAGUUCUAUCGCGACCAUCUGGCGCCAUGUCGCAUUCUCCCAGGCACACCCAAGUUUGCAGACAUCGGUAUCUGCGUCGUCUGCCAAGAAGACUUCAACGACGCAUCAUAUGACAUGGUCGCGGUCAAGAGCUGUUCGCACGUCUUCCACCGCAAAUGCAUCAUGCAGUGGACGGAGACCUGGGGCUCGCCCCGCGACAAAUGCCCUUCGUGUCGGGAGUCGAUGUACCAGUACACGCCAAUGACGACCCAUGAGAUCCAGGCCAUGCAAGAAGCGCAAGCAAUCCAAGACGCUGAGAGCCGGCUAUCAGAACUGGGCCCGUACGCUGCAGCGAGAGAAGCUGAGCGCCUCUGGUUCGCGUCCAUGGGAGUUUCGGUCGAGGGUCUCGAUGAGUUUGAUGAAGAACCGACACACUUUUCUGAUGAAGACGACGAGGAGAUUGCGACGUCAUUGGACAUGGACGUCCAUCCGAAUUUGUCGCUGCAAGUCCCGACUUUCGCAGACUUUGGAAGCGCAUCGCCAGCAUACUCUCCAACGUUUCUAAUGUACUCCGACGCAUCGCUGGGAGAAUCGCCCACAUCACCAGGAUACUCUCCUCCCUCUCCGCGAUUCCCUCCCACAUGGCCACUAUACGCUCAGUCAACGCCAUUGUAUUCCCCAACGGUCCCGAUAUACUCCGAUGCAUCCCUAGGGGAAUGGCCCAUAUCGCCAGUAUACCAACCGUCGUUGCCGGACGCACGAAACCAAGGGGGUCACACAAGCCCGGAGCAGUCGACGCAGCUGGAGCAGAUGCGUGGCGUCAUAUCCAGCGAGUUCACCAUAGCGAGAGAAAUCUCCAACGUCGCUGUCGUCCGCACAGUCCAUUCGUCGUUGCCGAACUCAUACCUUGUGACAAUUUUCCACGCCAACAGCGAGUCACGGAGUGAGGCGGCAGUACAUGGCGCAAUUGGAUACGUCAUAUUUUCAGACAUGUCGUCAUCGACCCCUAUCGUACCUACCGCCUCUGUCAAUGUGGAUGCUCCGCGUUCGCGCCUAACUUCGCUGGACGAAGUCGCGCCAAUGACGCCUCACCGCCGGUAUUCCAACGCCUCUGACAGCAGCAAUGACGAGGACCUUGACGACCUUUUCGAGGACGAGACUACCUGGGGCCUCAGCUUACCGCCUAUCGUGAGUCCAUCUGCGCUUGCCCCCAUCAGCACUUCUGACCCAGAUUCGCAGCCUAAAUCUUCACCUAUCUCCUCUCCCGACGACACCCAUGUCGCUGUUCCUCAGAAGCGCAAACGCGAUUCUGCUACCACCGACGACGAAGCCUCCGACGACUCUGACGACUCUCCGCUAUCCAAGAAGGCCAGAAGUGCCGAUGAAGAGGCAGAGAACAAGAACAACGGCAAAGAAACCGAAGCCACCCGACGAUACCGCACCGCCGCCACCGCCGCUUCAUUGAAGCCAUCUACCAACAACGCGAACAAAUUCCUCGAUAGCAUGAGGAAGCAGCGCUCAAUCCCCACACCUCGCUACGUCCCAACCGGCCGCGAGCGCCGUGAAGAAGUCAACCAGCUCGCAGCCAAGCACGUCCGCCACGUCGCCCCCGCCAUGCUCGCCAACAACGCGACGAACCGCGACGUCGGCGGCGCAAUGAACAAGUUCGACUGGGCCGAGAAAAAUCAGGAGAUCAAGCCAGACCAAAUCAAGGCGCCUGCUUACGCACUGCAGAAAUGGGUCGACUCGGACGAUGAACACAUAACUUGGUUCGUCAUUCCCGCUUCCCACAAAUACAUCAACACCGGAAGCAUGAUGGUGCCCAUUGCCGAUAUCGUCGACAAAUCGAUCAAGUACCCAGAGUGGACGUUUGUGGAGGAGGUUUUGGGGCCGCACUGGAAGACUGGGAAGGAGGUGGUUAAGGCGGUCAAGGUUAAGUUUGAGAAGCUGACGGAUGAGCAACAACUUGAGCGGAUAGAUCUUAUGGUCAAGCAGAAGAAGGAGGAGGAUAGGCAGGCGAGGAAGGAUGAGGCGGCUAGGAGGAGGAGGGAGAAGAGGGAGGAGAGGGCGAGGAAGAGGGAUGAGGAGGAUGGGUAG